AUGCAGCCUCCAGAAGGUGUGCAGGUCGACCUGGGCAAGGCCCAGGUCAUCGACCGUGUCCCUAAAGUGAUUUCCGAGCUCAAAUUCGGUGUCUUGUCCCACGAUGACAUCGUCAGCCAGGGUGUGGUGGAAGUGUCCGAUCGGAAGUUUUUUGACCUUGAUCAUGAUCGAGCCGUCGUCGCCCACGGUCCCCUCGAUGCGCGCAUGGGUAUUUCGAACAAAGCGGCAACAUGUCAGACUUGUGGUCUCGAUCUCAAGGCUUGCAACGGCCAUUUCGGCCAUGUGAGACUGGUUUUGCCUGCCUUUCACGUCGGUUACUUCAAGCGAGUUAUCACGAUUCUCCAGGAAAUUUGCAAGGAGUGUUCCCGUAUUUUGCUCCCCGAAGGCGAACGCCGCUCCUAUCUUCGUGAAAUGCGACGCCCCGGACUGGACAACCUUCGACGCCUGCAGAUUGCGAAACGAGUUCACGAACGGUGCAAGAAGACAAAAACCUGCGAGGCCUGUGGAACUAUCAACGGUGUGGUGAAAAAGGCCGGAACCAGCGCGCUCAAAAUCACCCAUGAUAAGUUCCGUGCCUACAACAUUUCGACAUCGACCAAGAAGGUCUUGCCUCCCGGCAAGGGCGCUUUCGAUGACUCGCUUAUGGAGGCCAGACGGCACAACCCGGAGGUUGAGAAGCAUCAUAAGAAGGCUCAGGAUGACUUGAACGCCCUUCGCGUUCUAAACCUCUUCAAGAGAAUUUCGGAUACCGAUUGUGAGUUGUUGGGAUUGAACCCACGAGAGGCUAGGCCUGAAAUGUUCCUCUGGCAGUUCAUCCCCGCUCCUCCAGUCUGUAUUCGUCCUUCUGUCGGCCAGGAUGCCGCAUCUACGGAAGAUGAUCUGACCGCGAAAUUGGGUGACAUCGUUCAGAGUAAUAUCAACCUCAAGAAUUCCUUGUUGAAGGGAGCGCCGGUUCAUACCAUCAUGGAAUGUUGGGACUAUAUGCAGCUGCAGAUUGCAGUGUACAUCAACAGUGACGUCCCGGGUCUGAACAAGGCGGAUCUAGGAAAGCCGAUUCGAGGUUUUGUGCAACGACUGAAGGGUAAACAGGGUCGGUUCCGUGGUAACCUGUCUGGAAAGCGUGUUGACUUCUCUGGUCGUACUGUCAUUUCCCCCGACCCGAAUUUGCGAGUCGAUGAAGUCGCUGUCCCCGAGCUGGUCGCAAAGAAUAUGACGUACCCAGAAGUUGUCACACGAUACAAUAAGGAAAAGCUUCAGCAAAGAGUCAGGAACGGAACCAAAAAGUGGCCAGGAGCAAACUACCUCAUGAAAAAGGGGGCCGAUUACAAGACUUUCUUGAAGUAUGGUAACCUCAACAUGAUUGCCGAUCAAAUUCAGGAGGGAGAUGUUGUCGAGCGUCAUAUUGAAGAUGGCGACAUCGUGCUCUUUAACAGACAGCCAUCUCUGCACAAACUUAGUAUUCUUUCUCACUUUGCUAAAGUCCGACCUCACCGAACUUUCCGGUUGAACGAGUGUGUGUGCAAUCCGUACAACGCAGACUUUGACGGAGACGAGAUGAACCUGCACGUUCCACAGACUGAAGAAGCCAGAGCUGAGGCUAUGGAACUGAUGGGCGUGAAGAACAACUUGGCCACCCCGAAGAACGGUGAACCCAUCAUUUCGGCCAUUCAGGAUUUCAUCAGUGCUGCGUACAUUCUUAGCAGCAAGGAUAAUUUCUUCGAUCGGCGUUCCUUCACGCAGCUGUGUCUCUACAUGCUCGGCCCAGAGACGCGGUUCGACCUUCCUCCUCCUGCUGUGCUCAAGCCACAGAUGUUGUGGACUGGCAAGCAGGUGUUCAACAUCCUUAUGCGUCCCAACAAGGAUGACCCCGUGCUGGUGAACCUCGACGCUGCUUGCAGAGAAUUCAAACAGCCCAAGGACGGGCGUCCGAAAGACUUGGAUCCCAAGGAUGGCUGGCUGGUCAUUCGUAACUCCGAAAUGAUGUGCGGUGUUAUGGACAAGUCCACCAUUGGAUCUGGAAAGAAGGAUAAUGUGUUUUACAUUAUGCUGAGAGAUUACGGUCCUGCAGCCGCUGCAGAGGGUAUGAACCGUCUGUCGAGGCUGUCGGCCCGCUGGUUCACAAACAUGGGCUUCUCCAUCGGUAUCACGGAUGUCUACCCCAGUCAAAAACUUCUACAGUCGAAGCACGACCUGGUCGAGACGGCUUACGCGCAGUGUGAUGAAGUUAUUGCCAAGUACAAGGCCGGAACACUGGAGAAGUAUCCUGGUUGUGACGAAUUGCAGACCAUGGAAAAUCAGCUCUCUGGUAUUCUCAGUAAGGUCCGUCAGCAGGCUGGUGACGAGUGUAUCGCCCAGCUGAGCAAGUACAACUCACCCCUGAUCAUGGCUACAUCCGGUUCCAAGGGUUCCAGUAUCAACGUGUCCCAGAUGGUGGCCCUGGUCGGUCAGCAAAUUAUUGGUGGACAGCGUGUGCAGGAUGGCUUCCAAGAUCGUACCCUGCCUCAUUUCCCAAAGAAUGCUCGUCAACCACCCUCGAAGGGUUUCGUCCGCAACAGUUUCUUCUCCGGACUUGAGCCUACGGAGUUCAUCUUCCACGCCAUGUCUGGUCGUGAAGGUCUGGUCGAUACGGCCGUUAAAACAGCUGAAACUGGUUACAUGUCCCGUCGUCUGAUGAAGUCUCUCGAAGAUUUGUCGUCUAAAUACGAUGACACCGUUCGAAACUCCUCUGGCAGUAUUGUCCAGUUCCAGUACGGAGAUGAUAAGCUGGAUCCCGUCGAUAUGGAGGGUAAGGCUAAGCCUGUCCACUUCGACCGGACAUUCAUUCACUCUGAAACAACUACGUACGACAACGAUGAACGGAGUUUGCUCCCGCACGAGAUUAUGGAGGUUUGCGAGGAGAUGCUUUCCAAAGAACGUGCGAAGUUGGUUCGCAAGGACCUCAUGGGUAAUGAGCUUGGCUACAUGGACCGCAGCGACCACGGUAUCGACCAGUAUGAGAGUGCUCGCGAUUUCCUAGAGUCGAUUCAACAAUACGUGCAAACCAAGGCUGACAGGCUGAUAUCCCGUGGUGGUGACAUUGACCCCAAUGACGAGCGAAGCCAGAAGGGGUUGAACCACACUGGCAAGCUGACCGAGACGACCUUGCGGACCUUUAUCAACGCCUGCCUGAUGAAAUACAAGAAGGCCCAGGUUGAACCUGGCCAUGCCGUUGGUGCCGUCGGUGCCCAGUCCAUCGGUGAACCUGGUACCCAGAUGACCUUGAAGACUUUCCAUUUUGCUGGUGUCGCUGGUAUGAGUAUUACUCAGGGUGUGCCCCGUAUUAAGGAAAUUAUCAACGCCUCCAAGGAGAUCAGUACUCCUGUCGUUGCCUGUGAGCUUGUCACCAAGGAUAACAUUAUCGCCGCACGUAUCGUCAAGGGUCGGAUUGAGAAGACGUAUCUGAGGGAUAUUAUCCAUUAUGUCCGCGAGACAUGGACUGGCAAGGAGGCAUUCAUCACGGUCAAGAUCAACUGGAAGACGAUCCAGGAUCUGGCGCUUGAAUUGAAGAUCAACAACAUCCUAGCCGCUAUCAAGAAUCACAAGCGCUUCAAAGCCGAUGAUCUCAAGUUCCGGCACUCGCGGUCCCACAUCCAUAUCUACAUGGACCUCGACCCGUCCAGCAAGGCCUCGCUGUCGAAGACGGAGAUCGCAGCCACCAGCGCCGACCCGUUCCUCCGGUUGAAGCAUCUGAAGCGUAUGCUUCCUGACAUCCAGGUCCUUGGUCAUCCCCAGGCUUACCGUGCCAUCAUCCGAACGGAUGAAACGUCCACCACCAACACCCUUCUCGUGGAGGGAUACGGUCUGCGGGAAUGUAUGACAACGCUGGGUGUCGACGGUCUUCAUACGUCUACCAACAACGUGAUGGAGAUGCGCGAGGUUUUGGGUAUCGAAGCAGCCCGUGUUACCAUCGUACAGGAAAUCAGCGAAGUCAUGAAGGACAUGGACAUUGAUCCUCGUCACAUGCAACUCCUGGCUGACGUGAUGACCUACAAGGGCGAAGUGCUGGGUAUCACGCGGUUUGGUCUGGCCAAGAUGCGUGAUUCGGUUCUGCAGCUUGCGUCCUUCGAAAAGACGGCCGAUCACCUGUUCGACGCCGGUGGUGCUGGUCGUUCCGAUAUGAUCGAGGGAGUGUCUGAAUGUAUCAUUAUGGGUAAGACGGUGUCCCUCGGUACGGGUGCGAUGGAAGUGGUGCGCAAGAUGAACUUCUUCGAAGGCCAAAUGGGCGCUCGGAAGACCACUUUUGAAGACGCGUGGAGUGAGCUUUGCGAGGCUCCUGUGGACGCGAAAAGAUUUCGGAAGAGAGCACGCGCUUAG